UGAAGUGAAAACAAAACAUCUAGGAGCAACAACGGCUCAGUCACGAAAUGGUAGGCAACACAAGCUCAAAGAACUGGAUUACUGAAGAGUGUCUUUCCUUGGUUGCAACACUCACUACCAAGUUCCAAACUGCCUCUGCAAGCAACGUCAGCACAAUAACUGUUCGUCCGGACCUGGGUUUCCAUGGCCGAGCAGCCGCAUACAAGCCUAAGAUCACCAUGCGCAAUGCCAAGUGUUGGCUAGAGUGGUGUAAAGCUCACCGCCAUUGGACUCUGGAGCAGUGGAAACGUGCUCUCUGGAGUGAUGAAUCACGCUUCACCAUCUGGCAGUCCGACAGACAAAUCUGGGUUUGCAGAUGCCAGGAGAAGAACGCUACCUGCCCGGAUGCUUUGUCAACUGUAAAGUUUGGUGGAGAAGGAAUACGGGUCUGGGGUGGUUUUUCAUGGUUCAGGCUAGGCCCCUUAGUUCCAGAGAAGGGAAGUCUUAACGCUACAACAUACAAUCACAUUCUAGAUGAUUCUGUGCUUCAAACUUUGUGGCAACCGUUUGAGGAACGCCCUUUUCUGUUUCAGCAUGACAUUGCCCUCGUGCACAAAGUGAGUUCCAUACAGAAAUGUUUUGAGAUUGGUGUGGAAGAAGUUGACUGGCCUGCACAGGGCAUCUGACCUCAACCCCAUCGAACACCUUUGGGAUGAAUUGCAACGACCACUACGAGCCAGGCCUAACGUCACUAAUGCCUUUGUGGCUGAAUGGAAUCAAGUCCCUGCAGCGAUGUUCCAACAUCUAGUGGAAAGCCUAACCAGGAGAGUAGAGGCUGUUAUAGCAACAAAGGGGGACCAACUCCAUAUUAAUGUCCAUGCUUUUGGAAUAAGAUGUUCGCCGAGCAAGUGUUCACAUACUUUUUGUAAUGUAGUGUAUAGCUGAUCUCUCCUUGUUUCGAUGUGAUUUGGGAACUUAGCCUACUGCUCUGCAAACGUGCUGUGAGGAGAUUGGGCACCAGAUGGCGCUAUUUCCGACUAACCUCUUUGUUUUUCCCAUCCCUCCCUGUCUCCUGUUCAUUCAGCAUAUUUUAUAUAUAUAUAUAGGUUUUCAUCCAUAAUGGCGGAAGAUAGCGAGUCCGCAGCCAGUCAGCAGAGCCUGGAGCUGGACGACCAGGACACCUGCGGAAUAGAUGGCGAUAACGAGGAGGAGAAUGAACACAUGCAAGGGAGUCCGGGGGGAGACUUGGGGGCUAAGAAGAAGAAGAAGAAACAGAAGAGAAAGAAAGAGAAGCCGAGCUCUGGAGGGGCCAAGUCAGACUCUGCCUCAGACUCACAGGAGAUAAAGAACCCAGGGCUGCCCAUGCAGAAGCUGCAGGACAUCCAGAGAGCCAUGGAGUUGCUGUCCUGCCAGGGACCAGCUAAGAGCAUCGACGAGGCCACCAAACACAAGUACCAGUUCUGGGACACACAGCCAGUACCUAAACUCCAUGAGGUUGUAACCAGCCAUGGGCCCAUGGAGGCUGAUAAGGACAACAUCAGACAGGAGCCCUACUCUCUACCACAGGGCUUUAUGUGGGACACGCUGGACCUCAGCAACGCUGACGUGCUGAAGGAGUUGUACACCUUGUUGAAUGAGAACUAUGUGGAGGAUGAUGACAACAUGUUUAGAUUUGAUUACUCACCCAGCUUUCUCAAAUGGGCGUUGCGUCCUCCAGGCUGGUUGCCCCAGUGGCAUUGUGGGGUGAGGGUUUCCUCCAAUAAGAAACUGGUUGGUUUCAUCAGUGCCAUUCCUGCUGAUAUUCACAUCUACGACACCUUAAAGAAAAUGGUUGAGAUCAACUUCCUGUGUGUUCAUAAGAAAUUGCGUUCAAAGCGUGUGGCUCCAGUUCUGAUCAGAGAGAUCACACGAAGGGUUAACUUGGAGGGCAUAUUCCAGGCCGUCUACACGGCAGGAGUGGUUCUACCCAAACCUGUGUCUACCUGCAGGUACUGGCAUCGUUCUCUGAACCCCAGGAAGCUGGUGGAGGUGAAAUUCUCUCACCUGAGCAGAAACAUGACGCUGCAGAGAACCAUGAAAUUGUACAGACUACCAGACAGCACUAAGACCCCGGGCUUGCGAGCGAUGGAGAGGCGUGACGUGCGUCAGGUGACGGAGCUGCUGCAGAAACACAUGAGACGUUUCCAGCUGGCGCCCUCUAUGGGCGAGGAGGAGGUGGCACAUUGGUUCCUCCCUCAGGACAACAUCAUAGACACAUUUGUCGUGGAGGGUGCUGGUGGUGUGUUGACAGACUUCACUAGUUUCUACACCCUGCCCUCCACAGUGAUGCACCAUCCACAGCACAGAAGUCUAAAGGCUGCUUACUCCUUCUACAACACACACACACACACUCCACUACUGGACCUGAUGAAUGACACUCUCAUACUGGCCAAACUGAAAGGCUUUGAUGUGUUUAAUGCUCUGGACCUGAUGGAGAACAAGGUGUUUCUGGAGAAGCUCAAAUUUGGCAUCGGAGACGGCAACCUGCAGUAUUACCUCUUUAACUGGAAAUGUCCCCCCAUGGACCCCGACAUGGUUGGCCUUGUUCUUCAAUAACUAGUCUGUCUGUGACUGCUACACACUCAGAGGUCAAAGGUCUUCUUUGACCCCUAACAUCGCUCUACCUGGACACACAGGUAGUCCCAAACUAGAAGAACACAAUGACAACAAUCAAAGUGAUCGGGAGGUGUGCAUCACUUUGAGCAUCUCUCCUGGAUCAUUUUUAUCAUGGAGAACAUUCUCUCUGCUCACCCGGAACUGCUAACUCUUUUUAACCAUCAACAUCCUGAAUGUGAAGUCCUAUGCUCUGCCUGAGACAGACUCUUGUACAGUACACACACACUACAUGAAGAGAAGGAAGACUUGCAUCCAUAAUGUUUUUCUUGUUUUAUUCAAAAAGGUGCAUUGGUAACUGUGUUUGUUGGACAGUGCAGAAAUGUAGAACCUGUACAUUUAAUGCCAGAACACAUGUAUUCCUGUAGUGUGGAAUAUGGGGGGUGGGAGAGGAAAGAUUCAACUAGCGUAGAUGUUAUUGACUUUGGUGUUCCUAUGAAUGGUUAAGAGGGGAGGGGAUUCUAGGGAUUUUUGAGGAAGAAUGUAUUUGAAGCACAAAUCUUCUUAACUGAGUGAAAGGCUCCUUAUAACAACCCCAGGUGCAUUUUAUAUAUCGAUUAUUUCUGUUUUGUGUGUUUAGGUUUUUCAAUAUCUGAGUGUUUGAGAAACACAAAAUGCAGGAUGAGAAUUUUAUUAUUUUAAAAUGGUUUUUAAUUUGUUUUGUGUGUUUGCACCUAACAACAUAUUGUUUUAAAAAGGUCCCAUUUUUUUUCCCGGGCACAAUUCUGAUAUUUAGGAUUGUGCUUAUAUGUUGUGUGUUCUGUCACCAUUCCUCCCAUGUCUGUCAAACUGGCAUCUUCACCUAUAAAUAAAGGUAUUGGGUUGGAGUAUCA